GCAAAAAGGCGUAAAAGAACGAUAUACAUUUAACUAGUAACGCUUAUCUAUAUAAUUUAAUAGGAAGAGAAAAUUCUGAAGAAACUUAUCCAUGGAAAUUAGAAACUGACACGCCAACCAAACCACAUUCAGCUAUAGCCUUUGAGAUUAGUAGAGCAAUUAAGGAUUGCAAAUUUAUUGGACUUAAAAUCAAGGAUUACAACUACUCGCUUGGAAAAUGUUGACCGUGUAAUUCAUCAACGUAUUGAAUAUUCAUCAACCAGCAUUCCAUUUCCAGCCAUGUCAAAAGUCAACCAAUCUCCCAAAACACAAAAAAUGUCCCGGGUGAGGAUCCGAAGGCCGAGGGCCCAAACGAAGGAGACACUGUACCAACUGCUGGGAAUUGCAGAGGACGUGAAGAGCUUAUCCGACAUUAAAAAAGCGUACAAACAGAUGGCCAGAAAGUACCAUCCCGACGUAUCUCCACCGGAGCAACUGGACGAGUACACCAGGAGGUUUAUUAUGGUACAUGAGGCCUACGAAACGCUCUCUCAUCCCCAAACCAGAGCUCUCUACGACACACACUUGGCUUUCGGCGCUGCCUUUUCUUCUUCUCCCCAGGGAAUGGAGGAAAAAGAGGAGUGGAGGAGCAGCUGGGAGUCACAAUUGGGCCAACUGCAGCAGCGACGCCGCAAUUGUAGGGAGAGAUCGUCGUGGGGGGCUCGAAUGCGAAACUCUACUAAUUAGUGGACUACAAAUUAAUUUCUGUAGAUUGAAAUAAUUGUAGAUGAAUCUAACUAUCAAGUAUAGUAUGAAUGUAUAUGCAAAUUGCAACGUCGCGAAUUAUAUGAGCUGUUUUUUGUUGCUUUUUGG